AUGUAUUGUUAUUGUUGUUGUUGUUUUCAAGCGACCAGAUAUUCCAUAAGCACAGACACACAACACUUCAUAAUUCCAGCAUUAGCAGAAGAACGGCGACGGUAUCGAGCUACAAACAGCUGCCAGGUGACGUCAAAGGGUGUGCUAUUGCUCAAAGAGGCGUCCUACCUACUGCUCUCCCAAGGGAUUCAUUUGUCAUGUGUCAGAGGUCCGGAGACGCUUCUGCCCCUUUUGAUGAAGACGCACGACCUCCGACCGGGAGCAAAUCAAUUAGAAGCUGAUGCAGCAAACAUUUUUUUUUUUUUAAAUAAACACUUUUGUUUCACACCUCCACCAUCUGCUCUCAAGGCACGGAUGCAUCCACACAACACUGGCUUGUCCAUAAUAGACGUCUGGACUCUGUUUUGGUUUUGCCACGGUGGGCGACAGGUUAGCACCUCCGCCUCACAAUUGUGAGGUUGCGGGUUCAAAUCCGGCCUCACCUGUGCGGAGUUUGCAUGUUCUCCCGUCCGUGCCUGCGUGGGUUUUCUCCGGGUGCGUGGUAGUUUGCUUGGAGACUCUAAAUUGCCUGCAGGUGUGAACGUGAGUGUGGACAGUGAAAAAGCAAAGGGCUGUUAACAAAUAGCAAAACCAAAUCAAGUUAUUCAUUAACGCAUCUGACUUAUGGGCACGGCGACGUUAAGGCAUAUAACGCAACCUUUGCCCGCUAAGAGUCUUUCUUCCAGAAGGAGAAACAGGAGAGGAAGAAAAACAACACUCUUCAAAACUGCAGCUACAAACUUAAAAGAUUCCAGUUCCUCUGAAAAGGUUUCCUUGGAGGCUUGAGAAAUGUUCCGGUGGAUCUGCCGCAUCACUGUGUUUCUCUCCUUUUGUGAAACGAUGAGAAAAGCACAUUGUGCGUCGCUAUAUGAAAGUGAGCGCCAGAACGCCUCUCAAAGAAACCUCGUGACGGAGGACGGCGAUCUGGCCAUCGGUAACGCCACUGAAACUCGAGGGCUCACCAACGAAGACAGCGCCCCAAAGUCGCCAGAAUGGUCCUAUCUGGCCGCCGGACUGGGCGCAGCUCUGGCUAUCUCGCUCGUCAUCGUCACGGCCGUCAAGUUCCGCGUCUUCCGUCGCUUCCUGGCCAGCUACAGACACUCCUUGUUGCGGGAGGCCGACGGGGUCAGCCAGUACGGCGGAGACGAGGUGCCCUUUCCGAGCAGCGUGUCUGGCAGAGUAGGAGUGGCGAGAGGGACCGUCGGCGCGCUCGAGGAAGAUGACGACGGCUUCAUCGAAGAUAACUAUAUUCAAACCGGUGAGAAAGCCCGGGCAGAGAGAGAAGAAGACGACGAGGAGGAGUACGCCGUCGACGACAGUGACGAUGACCUGCGGUUCACAAUAGGCUGAGAUAGUGUGGAUGAGCGCAGCAGCUGCUUUACAGCUCGUUUUUUCAUCACUUGACGGAUGCAGAAGCGCCAAACAGAAACAUUUAGACGAAUAUGCACACCUCUGUGUCGUACGGAACAAUUAGCAGAAUUAGGUCAAAGAAAUGAAAAACAACUUCCACCAAACUUUGUAAAAGGCUGCUUCACGGGCCAAGAAAGAAAGAACAAAAUGACAUCUUGGUGAAGAAAGUGAUUUUCACCGAUUGAGUCCUUGCGGCAUCAAUGCGACUGCGCACUCCAGCAAUCCCGGUGGCACCACGCGCAAUCCUCCGCCAACCGGAAAAUAACCCGCGAACAAACAAAGAGAUGAACAAAUGUUGCUUUGGAACACUUCUGUGAUCAGUUUGGCCUUGGAAGAGAUUCGAGCUCGACUGACUGACAUUCUAGUUAUACUAUACAGAAUAUCGUUGCUAUUAGCACGGGUAACGCAAACAAAAUGAUGGUCCUGUAAAAUGAUUCCAUCACUGGAGGAGGUCCUCAUUUCUGGAUAUGGUAUGUACAGUAUGUACAUACAGUAUACAUCUGUACGUGCAAAGCGUCCAAAUAAUAAAAUACAGUUGAUUGAACAUAAGCACAACAAUAAUGAUCGCCGAUUUACCAGAUGAAGUUGGACUCUUUAGCAAUUUAACCAGUGAACAAUGUCGGACAAAGGUCUUUGGACUACUGGCGAUUCCAUCAAACAGUUCGACAUGAAGUCAAAAACCGAUGGAUGGACUUGGCCUCACCUUUAAAUUGAAUCACUUGAUUACCGAUGUUGGCGAAAAAGAACAUCUGUGAGGUCACAGGUCGCUGAGGCUCUGCCUCAUAAAAUAUGCAUUCAUUCAAUCGAUGUUUGUCAUUUUUUCCAUUUGGCUAAUAAUAAUAACAUUCAAUAUGAAAUGUCUUGGUUGUAUUGUGAUUUUCAAAAAUAAAUCUAAUUUGACGUGAUCCAUGCGUCACGACUUUACA